AUGGCUGAAUCUCUGGAUAUUGGAGUUCCAUGGAUUAUGUGUCAACAGCCUGAUGCUCCACAGCCGAUAAUAAACACCUGCAAUGGCUGGUACUGUCACGAUUUUGAACCAAACAAUGAGAAUAGCCCUAAGAUAUGGACUGAAAACUGGACCGGAUGGUUCAAGGCUUGGGGUGGAGGAGAUCCAUAUAGAACCGCAGAGGAUGUGGCUUAUGCUGUUGCAAGAUUCUUCCAAACCGGAGGCUCCUUACAAAAUUACUAUAUGUAUCACGGUGGAACUAAUUAUGGUAGGGAAGCUGGUGGUCCGUAUAUUAGCACAACGUAUGACUACAAUGCACCAUUGGAUGAAUAUGGAAAUCUAAACCAACCAAAGUAUGGACAUUUGAAGCAACUCCAUGACACGCUACAUUCACUGGAGAAAAUUCUCACCUAUGGCAAUGUUACCAAUACAGAUUUUGGAAAUUCUGUUAAGUCUACCGUUUUCACUCUCAAUGGUACGUCAGCUUGCUUCUUUGAGAACUCAAAUACUACAACAGAUGCCACCAUCACUUACCAAGGAUCCCAAUACAAUGUUCCGGCUUGGUCCGUUAGUAUACUCCCCGACUGCAAAAAAGAAGUCUAUAACACAGCAAAGGUGAACACCCAAACUUGGGUGAAGGUGAAGAGGUCAGAUGAGGCAGAGAACGAACCAGUUUCUUUAAGCUGGACAUGGAGGCCUGAGGCAAUAGAUGACACUGUUGUUCAUGGCAAAGGUCAUGUAUCUGCAAAUAGACUCCUUGACCAGAAAGUUAUUAAUGAUGCUUCGGACUAUCUUUGGUACAUGACCAGAGUGAAUCUCGAGAAGAACGAUCCUAUUUGGAGCGGCAAUUUGAGCCUUCGAGUGAAUGCCACUGGCCACAUUUUGCAUGCAUAUGUCAAUGGUCAAUACGCUGGUUCUGAAUGGGCUCCUUAUGGUGUAUUCAACUAUGUAUUCAAGAAGGACAUUCAAUUGAAUCGUGGAUCUAACCAAAUCGCAUUGCUUAGCGCAACAGUUGGACUUAUUAACUACGGUGCAAGAUUUGACGAGAUUCCAGCUGGAAUUUCCGGGCCAGUCGAGAUAGUCGGAAGAAAUGGUGAUGAGACGAUCAUAAAGGAUUUGUCACACCACAAAUGGUCUUACAAGGUUGGUCUACGCGGCCUCAGCAAGAAAAUUUUCAAGUCUUCUGAUCCAUCACUUUGGCAAUCUCAAGAUCUACCCGUCAAUAGAAGGAUGACUUGGUACAAGACAACUUUCAAAGCUCCACUGGGAGAAGAUCCAGUUGCGGUAAAUCUUCAAGGAUUAGGCAAAGGUUGGGCCUGGGUAAAUGGCAACAAUUUGGGCCGGUAUUGGCCUAGUCUCUUGGCGGAUGACCAAUGCUCAACCGACCCCUGCGACUAUCGUGGACCUUAUACCAAUAGCAAAUGUGUCACGGGCUGUGGCGAACCAACCCAAACAUGGUACCAUGUUCCUCGGUCGUUCUUGAAUGACGGUGAUAAUGAAUUGGUUUUGUUUGAGGAAUUUGGAGGCAACCCUUCGCAGGUGACUUUCCAAACGGUUACUGUUGGGACAACAUGCGGCAAUGCGUACGAGAAUACUGUUCUGGAAAUUUCAUGCCAAGGUCGACCCAUUUCUGACAUUAAAUUUGCCAGUUUUGGUAACCCAGAGGGAACUUGUGGUUCAUUCCGGAAGGGUACUUGUGAUGCCAACAAUGAUCCACUUUUGGUUGUUCGCGAGGCAUGUGUUGGGAAAGAAUCUUGCUCGUUCGCUGCUUCUGAAACCUUACUGGGGCCAACCAAUUGCGAUGCAAGCGUUACCAAGAGACUCGUGGUAGAAGCUGUCUGCUAG